GGGUCACUGUGGGAGGGCUGAGCCACCCAAGGGAUGAAGGGGAGGGAUUCCGGUCCCCCCAAACCCUCCCCACAGGAUGUCUCAGGCCUGGGGAGAUGCUGACUUGCAGAGAGAAGGGGAUCAUCAGAGACCAGCCUCCUGCAAAGCGGCUGGGAAAAGGGCAGGUUGGCAAAGGCGGGGAUCCCCAGUCCCGUGGAAGCCACAAAGAAGCUGCACCCCGACAAAGAUGGACCUCGCGUGGGGCCGACGGAGAGCGCCGGCUGCCGUUCCGGGGGCGACCGUGGGCUCGGGGUGGGGGGGGGGGGGGGGGGGGGGGGGCGUGGGCCAGCCGGCGGCGGACAGCGGGACCCGGGGCCCCCCAGGCACCCCCCCGCCCCACGGCCCCUCCCCACGCGGGCUCCCCGGCACCUGAGCGGGGCGUGGGGACAGCGCCGCGCUCCGGCCCUGCCCGCGCCAGGUGGCUCGGCCGCGCGCCCGCCGCCUGCGGCCACCAGGAGCGCCGAGAGGAGCGGCAGCCUCAACCCACGGCGUCAUGCUUCCUGCCACCACAGUACGGCGAAUCGUCACCGGGAGAGGGGAGCAGCGGGGAGGGCGGGGAGCACACACUCACGUAGCCCCCCGCCCGCCGAACCCCGCGGGGACGGGGCCACGUCCCGGUGGAGUCCCCGCGGGACCUGCCCCGUUUGCACAAAGCGCCGCGAUCGGGCCAAGCCAGGGAGGGAACCGGCCACGAAAUAAAUAAAUAAAAACAGAGUCGGUCUACGUAACGCCCUGUCGAAAGCGGACGCCAUAUUUUUUUGUGGCUUAUGUCGACAUAGGGAAACGUAGACAUGUUUUUCCUCCUCCUCCUCCUCGGUCUGGCUCGCAUUUAUCCAAACUUGUAAUCAAAACUCUUAAAAAAAAAAAUCUCCCCCCCCUCGCCCCGUGUCCUUGAUUUCCUCCCAUCCGCAAAAAGAGCCCGCAGCCCCCCACCUCCCCCAACCCUCCCUCCCGCACCCCGCUUCCAAUCACAAACGCGGCCGAGUCCCAUGAAGAACGCAUUUUCGGGAGCCGCGGCGGCGGUGGGAAAGUUGGGCUGGAGUGGCCGGCGCCCGGCGUGCGGGGCUCGGGGCGGGCG